AUGAACCAGUGUACUCAUGGUAUUACCUCUAUGGACUGCUCAGAUUCGAAGGAGAGGCUGAUUGUUGGACGAGAUAAUGGCUCUCUGAGACUCUAUGAUUUCCCUGUACUGAGCACUGCGGCUGGUUUCCUAGCGCUCAGCGGUCAUAGUCACGCCAUCUCCUCAGUUACGUUUGUUGGGAAGCACUUGGUCACUGCUGGAAUCACUGACAGCUCUCUCUUUCAGUGGAAGUUCCAAUAG